GGAUAUCACAUUCUUAACUCGAAGAAAAUGCCUCACACCAAAUGUAGACAUCAUUUGGCCACCCAAUUUAAUACGGUAGGCAACAAAUUGAUAAUCAGUUGACCUUCAUUACAGGGAAUGAAGUGUACGCACAAAUGACAAUAAAUGGGCUUUCUUGAGCAAAUACCCAGUUGUCAUUUCUUCUUCCUUUGGUGGUCUAGAUUUGGAAUUCACCAUUAUUCAACAUGGUUUUCAACAUUUUGAGCAGAGCAUCUUUUUCCCACUGAAAAAAAUGGGCUUCAACUACUUGUACGGGGAUACAAUACACUUUUCCUAAGAGUACAUCUCCAAAUCUGCUGAGGUACAACUACUUGACUUUCUUUUUAUUCAACUUUACCUAGAGUGUAGAGGAACUUUCCAUGGUAUAAUGAGGGAUUUUCCUUCUUGUUUUGGUGAAAAUGGUGUACAAAUUGCUGAUUCUUCAUCAUCUAAUGCAACUAGGGCAACCCAAAAUCUUGUUACUUGUGUUUACCAUUGUCAAUUACAAAGCGUUUCUCGCUUCAUCACUAUUACAUGGACUAAGUAUUUGAUGGGCCAAGGAUUUAGUGUUGGAAUUGAAAAUUCAACAAAACAAUGCCUAUGUAAAGUUGACAUCAAACCCUGGUUGUUUUCCAAGAGAAAAGGGUUCAAGAAUUUGGAGGUGGGCUCUAAUUUAAUUGAUAUCUAUUGGGAUUUAUCCUCUGCAAAAUUUGGUUAUGGACCAGAACCCUUAGAGGGUUUCUAUCUAGCUGUUGUGUUCAAUCAAGAACUGAUUUUACAUCUUGGGGACUUGCAAAAACAACUGUACAAGAAAAUAAAUGUGUCUCCCCUUUCUAGUAAUGCAGUUUUUGUUGCUAAAAGGGAACAUAUAUAUGGCAAAAGAUUGUACAAUUCUAAGGGUCAAUUCUGUGAUAAGGGGAAAGUACAUAAUAUUGGUAUUGAAUUAGACACCGUUGGGGGGAGUAAGGAUCCAUGUUUAGUGAUCAGCAUAGACAGCAAAGAAAUGAUAAGAGUGACACAUCUUAAAUGGAAGUUUAGAGGCAAUACUACAAUUGUGGUGGAGGGAUUUCCAGUUGAGGUUUAUUGGGAUGUUUAUGGUUGGCUGUUUGGUAAUGUUAUGGGCAAUGCAGUUUUCUUGUUUCGAACUCGACUCUCAACUGAGAAUGAGAAGUUCUGGGCUUACCAGUCUCCUCUUCCCAGCCCCUCUGUAUUGAAUUGGGAUGGUUCACAUAAGUUUAGUGAUCCUCAGUUGCAAGAUAAGGGAUUUUCAUUGAUAUUGUGUGCUUGGAAGAAUGAAUAGUAAGUGUGUUUAUGCUUUCAGACUUCAUACUUAACGAAGAAAUAAAGACAUACUUCGAGUGAUUAUGUUUUCUCAGGAAAUAUGGUGUAAUUGGGGCAUAUGACACAAGUAUCAUUUUUGGUUGCAUAGCCACAACGGCAAAGGGCCUUUCUCAUCAUGUUUGGAAGACUUUUAAGGAUAAGCUCUUCAGCACAAGAUUCACAAAGAAGUGAUUCCACACUUGCACCUGCAAGAACUGAUGAUGUGUAGAUUCAGUAGAGGCAUUUAAGGGGCGGCAUUGGCAUUUGGAUGCCAAGGAUAUUUGCCACAAAUUCCAGCAGAACAGAUGAGAUCUUAAGUUGGAUGGUUACGUGCCAUAUGAAUUUCAAUGAUGUUAAUUGAGUCUUCUACUCCUCCUGGUUCUGAUUUCCUCCCAGAAAGAUUUUACAGAGACUGCUAGACAGGAUCCUAAACAUUUGAUCAUUGGUUUCAGGCUGCAAUGGUACUUCUUUGAUUCUUAAAACUUCAUGUUCUGGCAGCACCCUUUUAAUAUGGCAGUGUCCCACUCUCCUGUCCAGAAUUCAUAAACUUGUACGGUUGAGCACUGGACGCGUGUGUUGCAGCCUGAGCACUGGACGCGUGUG